AUGACCAUCGAACAACGCGCUAAUCUUGGACGGGUGAAUGUGGAGCUUAACAAGAUCAAGAAGAUCUCAUUCAAGCUUUCUAUGACCAUCAUGGACAGUGUAGCAAUCAUUAGAAAUCAACUGAAAGAAAGAGGGGUGGAAAAUCACGAUCUCAUCCAGGCGUGCUACGCCUUUGCUACUGAGUUCGGCAAGCGCUCGUCCAAUGUUGAUCCGAACAGGCGUGCAAUGAAUACCGCCAGACUCGUUGAGUUGUCACUUGACUGGGUGUCUUUCAUUUGUGAUGAUUGUGACGCCGCUGAUAGAAAAACUUUUAAGUGGGCUGUGUCAGCGUUAGAGUUCGCAAUGGCUAUAACCUCCAAUCGAAGAGUGGACGAAGAUGCGAAACGUCAGGCCCUAGGAAGGGUGCUGGAAGGAUCUAAUGAGGCCGACAGAUCUCUCGCCGUGUUGUCAUCGUCUGCUACAAAUGUCACUCUUCGAUGGCAACAAGGCCAAUUCAUCGGCGGAGGAACGUUCGGCUCUGUUUAUGCUGCUAUCAACCUCGAUAGCAAUUAUCUCAUGGCGGUCAAGGAAAUCCGCCUGCAAGAUCCUCAGCUCAUCCCCAAAAUUGCCCAGCAGAUCCGCGACGAGAUGGGCGUUCUCGAGGUGUUGGAUCACCCCAACAUCGUUUCAUACCAUGGCAUCGAAGUUCACCGCGACAAAGUCUAUAUUUUCAUGGAGUAUUGUUCGGGCGGAUCUCUUGCUAGUUUGCUUGAGCAUGGCCGUGUUGAGGACGAGACUGUCAUUAUGGUGUAUGCUCUCCAGCUUCUGGAAGGAUUGGCAUACCUGCAUCAGGCCGGUAUCGUUCAUAGGGAUAUUAAACCGGAAAACAUUCUACUAGACCAUAACGGCAUUAUUAAAUAUGUCGACUUUGGUGCGGCCAAGAUCAUUGCUCGCCAAGGCAGGACUGUUGUUCCCAUGGAUGCUUUCGCCUCAGCGGGUCAUAAGGAAGCCAUAGUGCCGAAAGAUGCCCAAAUUGCAAACCAGCGGGGCAAGAACCAGAAAACAAUGACCGGAACGCCAAUGUACAUGUCACCUGAAGUGAUCCGCGGCGACUCUAACAAGCUGAUCCACCGCCAAGGAGCUGUUGAUAUUUGGUCCUUGGGAUGUGUCAUCUUAGAAAUGGCAACUGGUCGUCGCCCCUGGUCUGCUCUAGACAACGAAUGGGCCAUUAUGUACAAUAUUGCCCAAGGAAACCAACCCCAGUUACCGACCCAUGAUCAACUCAGCGACAUGGGCAUCGACUUCCUCCGCCGAUGCUUCGAAUGCGAUCCUUUGAAGAGACCUACUGCAGCAGAAUUGCUCCAGCACGAAUGGAUAGUCUCAAUCAGACAGCAGGUCGUGCUUGAACCACCAACCCCUAGCAGUGACCACAGUGGCAGCAUAAGCAGUUCCACCUCGGGCAGCCGUCAGAAUUCCACCUAUUUGUGA